AUGAUGGAACAUGCCUGGACAGGAUAUGUAAAUCACGCAUGGGGUGCCAAUGAGUUACGGCCAAUAAGCAAGUCGGGGCAUUCAGCAUCAAUAUUUGGAGCUUCUUCAAUGGGUGCUACAAUAGUUGACGCAUUGGACACUUUAUACAUUAUGGGAAUGAAAGAUGAGUUUGAGCGUGCAAGGAAGUGGGUGGCAGUAUCACUUCACUUUAAUCAUGUGAGUACAAAAGAAUCUUACUGUACAAAUUACUCUAUUGCUUGGGCAAUUCAAUUUCAAGUACAGUACAUGUACGUUUGUUUGUUUGUUUUCAACUUGGCCACAUGGUGGACUUAGUGAUGAUGGUGUUUUUUAAAUGUCAAUCUGGAAGUCUAUGUAGGAUUCCAGUUCCUACUUUUGCAAGAAAAGGUCUUUGUCCCUGCUCUUAGUAGCCAUGUAUUUUCCCCUUUAACCUUAUUAAACUGCAAAUCAAUCUCUGAAAGACUUAUUAAUUUUCGAACUUUCUAUUCUAGAGGUGCUUGUUGUUUAAUCACGGAAGCACAAUCUUCUUUUUUCAUACCAAAAAGAGGCAAUUAUUCCAGGGACAGUGGUUAAUUGAAGUGAUUGCUUUAUUGUGUUUACUUGCACACCAGAAGACAUACCCUUAAUAUUUUGUCUCAUCAUCCCAUCUUAACAUACAUGUAUGUGUAAGAUAAUCACCGCAAAUGAACAUGGGUUUUCUUAGUGUUCCUAAUUAAGAAUUGGUUUCCUUGACUAAAUUUUAAGGCACUUGAAUCAGCAACUUAUACGCGAAAACCUCAUCCAAUUACUAAUUUUUUUCAUUGCCAUUUCUCUAAACAGGCUUCAGACGUGUCCGUGUUUGAAACCACGAUACGAUUUCUUGGUGGACUUCUGUCUGCCUAUGCUUUCAGUGGAGAAGAGGUAUGAGCAACAAUGUUGUUUCCUUGCUUUUGACUAUGUAAAAGCUUUAUACAGUAUAGUUUUAAUAGUUAGAUAUACAUGUAUGUGUAUUAUUGGUUGAUAUCAAUCCUCUAAAGUGCGCAAACUAAGUAGACGGCAGUGGAAACUGCAUUACAAACUGUGGGGAAUAGAUCAGGAGCUCCCUUUGUGCAUUUUACGGAGGCUCCUACUUGGUUUGCAUUUCCAUUCACUUCUUGCUUUCUGGCCUGUCAGGAAAGUCAUUAAGACAGAAUCCAUUAGGAAAUUGUACCAGAAUAUUUAAACCAUAUCGUAUUCUUUUUUACAUUUUUCAAGGGCUAUAGAUGUAAUUAGUUACCGUAUUUAUUCGAAUAAGCGCCCAACCUCGAAUUAGCGCCCACCUCGAAUAAGCGCCCAUCCUAAAGGCAGAAAAAGUUAAUAAGCGCCCAGCCUCGAAUAAGCGCCCACCCCACCACACCUUCCUCCCACUCUCACUGAAACUCAAAUUAGCGACCACCCCUAAAAUUGAAUAAGUACUAAUAACAGACUUCCCCGAAGACGGAGUUUUCUUCAAAGUAUUUUACACGAACUUUGCUUUGUUACAUCUUGGCGUUUUGUUAUUACCAUUUAUUGUUUUGUUGCAAAAUACACAUACUACACCUGCUGAAAAUGUUGAAAAUUUAAUAAGCGCCCACCCUCGAAUAAACGCCCACCUCGAAUAAGCGCCCACUCUCAAGGUGCAAAAAUUGAAUAAGCGCCCAGGGCGGUUAAUCGAAUAAAUACGGUAUCUGUAUUAACACCAAAAUUUCUUAUGAGAGCCUGAUAAAUUUCACAAAAUGACACCUUACACAUGAAAGUGUCGGAAUCUUACCUGUGUUUUCACAAUUCUGGUGAAAUUUGACAUUUAUUUUCCCGGGCUCCCAUGAGAAAUAGUCUUUGAUGUUAUUACAGAUAACUACCGGUAAUUAUAUCUAUGGCCCUUGAAAAAUGUUAGAAAGAAUGCGAUACUGUUUAAAUUAUUCUGGUACAAGAUUUUUGUCCACUGAAAAUUGAAAUUACUCAAUUUCCUAAUGGAUUCCGUCUUAAUUCUUGCUGUUAGUAUAAUUAUCAACCUCUCUCCCUCUCCUCUCUCUGGUAUGUGUCAAAUUUUGGUUAGUAUCCCCUUGACUGGUUCAUUGUGAUGGUCUGCCAUGGAUAUGUUACAGGUCAAAAUUGUAUUCAGGUUGAUGUUUUUUAACCCAGGUUGAUUCCCAGUUUCCUUUGUCUCCUAUCCCUAAUUCAUGAAUAAUUAGGGCUAGCUAAUUGGAGACAAAGGAAACUGGGAAUCAACCUUGGUUAAAAAAAUUAAUUUUAACCUAAAUUUAAUUUUGACCUGUAACAGAUACAGUGUACCUCCUCCAUGCCCGACAGCUGCCUGGAUGGCUCUACCAAUCUUUCGGGCACCAGCUCCCAGGCUCAUCUAUUGUUGAUUUAAGCCUAUGUGAUAAAACUCUCAGAAAAAAGCCCAGGGGUUUUAUAUGUGGGGUUCUAUCAGUGAUAACUUGCAGUAACCUGUACAAGUUUAUAUUUUGGCUAGUUUUAUAUCAUAAUUAAUAUCAUAAUAUGUUAUUUACACUGAACUUGUUUUACAGGUUUUCAAAGUGAAAGCUAAAGAAGUUGGCAACAAACUCCUGGCUGCAUUUAACACACCGACAGGAAUACCAUGGGCAAUGGUUAAUUUUGCCAGGUUUGUAUUUUAA